UGCUCCCGCCGGCAAGAUGGCGGCUGCAGGGGUUUUGUUGCGGGCCUUUUGCCGGCAGUGUCGCGUGCUGCUGUUCCUCUCGCAGUUCUACAUCCUCUCGGGCGGCGGGUCCUUCAGUGUAGAGCCUUCGCAGCCGCUGGCUCAGUCUGACAAGGAUCCGGGCCCCACACGUACGUUCACAGUAGUGCCCAGGGCAGCAGAAAGCACCGAUAUCCCACCUUAUAUGAUGAAGUGUCCGAGCAAUGGUUUGUGUAGCAGACUUCCCGCAGACUGUAUAGAGUGCAAGACCAAUUUCUCCUGUGUCUAUGGGAAGCCUGUCACUGUUGACUGCACAGUCAAACCUUCUGUUACCUGUGUUGAUCAAGACUUCAGAUCCCAAAAGAGCUUUGUCCUCAACAUGACUUGCAGAUUCUGCUGGCAGCUUCCAGAAACCGACUACGAGUGCUCCAGCUCCACCAGCUGCAUGGCGGUGUCCUGCCCGCGGCAGCGCUACAUGGCCAACUGCACCGUGCGGGACCACAUCCACUGCCUGGGUAACCGUACUUUUCCAAAAAUGCUGUACUGCAACUGGACUGGCGGUUAUAAGUGGUCUACUGCUCUGGCUCUGAGGAAACUUCUCAGCGAGCUGUCGACACUGGCUGUCUCCAAUUACUCUGCCAUUCUCUCUCCAAGGCUGUCUGGCUUUCGCCUCCUGCGUGCCACCCAGGGACUCUGGACAGCUCUGCCCUCCAGCUGCUGACCCCGUCCUCCCUCUACCCCAGGCUGGCAGCCCUGUCCUCGCGCCACCCUGUGUGCUGCCCUCUGCACACUCUGGACCCCGCGGAUCAUGCCUUCUGCAGCACCUUCAUCACGGCCUCACCUGGGCUUCCUGCCCCGCCUCCACGGCUGGACCCCCUCACCUCCCCAGGGAAGGCCGGGGUUCCGUGCUGAGCCCUUUCCCUUUUCCACCAGCGCGUCCUCCUUGAUGGACCGUUGGUCUCCUGGCCUUAAAUGUCAGGACCCCCAAGCACGCGUCUCCCACCCACCUCUCCUGCACGGCCCAGGCCGCCAGUUCUCAGCACCAAGUCUAAAAGCAGCUUGAGCCCAGCGUGUCAGCACAGAGUGUCUCAGUGCCCCGCGCCUCCCCAGUCUUACCCGCCAGGAAGUGGCAGCCCCACAGCACAGGCCACACAUCCGAGUCCCCUGGACUCCCCUCCUUCUGUGCCCUGUUACUCGGAAGAGCACCCACUGGGGGCCACUGUUCCCACCAUGACUGCAUGACCCUGGUCCCUGUCAUCACUGCCUCUGGAUUAUUGCAAACAGCCCCCUCCUGAGUCCCUGCGUGGCCCCUGCAGUCUCACCUCAAUACAUAAAAGAGCGACCCUUUCAGACAGAGGCCAACGGGGUCCACCACGGCCCCCUCCAGCCUCACGCAGAGACAGAGCCAAAGCCCCUGCAGUGAAGGAGGCCGCCUUGACCCAGCCCUGCUCCCCGGUGAUGGUGACGGCACCUCCUCUCCCUCCUCCCAGCCUGAUGUAUCCCCCCAUUCCUGAUCUCAGGGCCAAGCUGUCCCUGCCAGAGCUGCCUGCGCCUCCCACUCAUUCCUCUUGGGUGUGCUCAGAUCUCACCAUCUUGGAGACACCCCAGCACACACACUUAUUUAAACUGCAGCUUCCCUGGGGAUCACUUCCUGUCCUCUUUUCCUGCUUCAUUUUCCUCCUUAUCACAUUUCUCUCUGUGUGUAUUUUAUUUAACUGUCCUGUUUAUGUCUGCCUUCCCCAUUAGGCUGUAACAGAAUGUCCACUUCAUAAAAACAGAGCAGGUAUUGUGUCUGUUUUGCCCACCCUGCAUCCCCAGGGCUCAGAUCGGGGCUGGACACAAAACCUCCCUCUGCCAGGGAGUGAACAGCUCAGAAUGUCAGCCCCACUGCAGUGUCGCCGGCCUCCCCUGACCCAACCCCACAGGAUGGAGCCAUCGGGUCGCACGUGUGGAAAAGUACCAUGCAGCUCAGGGUGGGUGCCCUGAAGAGCAAAGUUCGGGUGUGCUGACCUCCUGAGUCACACAGAACCGUCCACGGUGAGGGCUGUGAGGUGGGCCCGCUCUCACGGACGAGGAGAGAACUGACAAACGCAGUGGACGGUCCAACAACCACUUCCAAAGAGAAAGUCUCCAAAGAUGCAGCAUUCAGGAGGCCCUCGGACUUUUGCAAGGCCAACCCACCCCAUGACCAGGAUGCAGACGUCACACAGGAAGUGAGGGACACGCACCGAGCCCAGUGGGGAGGGGCCGGGACUGUGGCCCUACAGCACAGGCCAUGCGGCUGGCAAGUCACUUCAACUCUCUGCACCUCUGUCUUCUCAUCUGUAAAAUGGGGAUAGUAAUGAUGUUUUUCUCAUGAUUGUGAACUUUAAAUAUAUUAAAUACAUACACACGUCUAUAGUUUAGAACAGUGCCUGGCACUUAGUAAACGCUAUAGAAAUGUUUGCUAUUAAUAUUGUCAAGCAUAUGAAAUUAUGCCCCCAAACUAACAAUAGAUUCCUUCAUCUC